CUAACUGCAAAUCAGAACUCACUUUUGCUCGCAUCUAAUCUUCGAUAAAACCUCAAACUCCUUCGUUAUAUUUAGCAAUGGCGCCAAAGGCCGAGAAGAAGCCCGCCGAGAAAAAGCCAGCGGCGGAGGAGAAGAAGGCCGAGAAAACUCCGGCCGAGAAGAAGCCAAGAGCCGAGAAGAAGCUUCCCAAAGACGCCUCCGAUAAGAAGAAGAAGAGAGCCAAGAAGAGCAUUGAGACUUACAAGAUCUACAUCUUCAAAGUCCUCAAGCAAGUUCAUCCCGACAUCGGAAUCUCCAGCAAGGCAAUGGGGAUUAUGAACAGCUUCAUCAACGACAUUUUCGAGAAGCUCGCUCAGGAAUCCUCAAAGCUCGCUCGCUACAACAAGAAGCCGACUAUCACCUCUCGGGAGAUCCAAACGGCGGUGCGCCUUGUUCUUCCUGGUGAGCUGGCUAAACACGCCGUCUCUGAGGGUACCAAGGCUGUUACCAAGUUCACUAGCUCUUAGAUUCAUAGAUUUUAGGGUUUUCUCGUGUAAAAAAGCAGGAUCACUGUUCUGGAUCGUUGAUUUCUUUUGCUCUUGUUGCAUAUUCUGGAAUUGAAUGAAUGAAAAUCGGUUUACAUGAUUCUAAUUC